CUAAACAUCUCCCUAAGCCUCAUAUAAUUCACUGAAAACUUGCUUUCACGGAUGGAGCAGAGAUCUCAUUUGAUCAAACGUCUAGGGUUUCGGGUUUCCAUUUUUGGCAAAUUUUGAGAGGGAGAGGUAUCCAUGAUCGAUGAUUGGGUGAAAGGCGCUACCUUUUCCAGAACCCCUACAAAAAUUGUGGAGAAUUUGGGUACUUAUUGAUAUUUCGACAUUGUUUUGCUUUAAACCCAUAGAAAUAUGCAAGUCUGAGAAGGUUUCCGUCACUGGAAGUUGAUUUUGUAUCGGAGCCAGGUGAAAAGUUGUUUAGAAGGAUACAGAUGUCCUCAUUGCAAUAUAUUAUUUAUGUGUUCUCAUUGUGGUUUGGAAAACCAGUUUGGCCUUCGGUGAACGCGAAUUGUCUCAUAAAUUCUGUUGAGCAGUUUCUAUAUGAAAGAAAAGAUAAAGAUCAAGGUUGAGAAGGAAGAAAAGGAAGAUAAGGAAGAGCUGCAUAUCAAAGUCGAGAGUAAAGAAGUAGAGCCCAAGAUGGACAAGGUAGAGGAGAAGGAAAGUGAACUAGAAAUUAAGACCAAGUGUGUGGAGAAAGACAAGGAAGAGUAUAAUGAGGGUGGGGAUGGUAAAUCCAAAGAAAAGAACGAGAAACACAAGAAGGAAAAAGAUCGGUUAAAGGAGAAGGAAGAUGGAAAUGUGAAGGAAAAAAAAGAGGACAAGGAAGAGAAGAAAAAGAAACAGAAGAAGGACAAGGAUGACGAGGCCGAGGAGGAGCAAGGUGAUAUGGAGGGGAAGGAAAAAAACAAAAAGAAAGACAAGAAGAAGGAUAAAAAUCUAGAGAAUGAACAUAAGGAGUUGAAGGAAAAGAAAAAAGAGAAAGAUAAGGAGAAGGAUAAAAAUGAAGAGAAGGAAGAGAAGAAAAAGAAACUCGAGAAGAAUGAUAGAGAUGAGGAGUUGAAGGGAGAGGAAGGCGAAAUAGAGGGUAAAGAAAAGAAAGAGAAAGACAAGAAGGAUAGGGAUGAACAAAAAGAAGCUAAGAAGAGUCAAGAAUUAUCGAAGGAAGAAGAUGAAGCGAAGGGGCAUGAAAAGGAAAAAGAGAAAGACAAGAAGGUAAAAGAUGAAGAGAAGGAUGAGAAGAAAGAGAAAGUCGAGAAGCUAAAAGAUGAAGAGAAGGAAGAAAAGAAAGAGAAAGGCUAUAAAGGAAAAGAUAAUGAGAAAGAAGAGAAGAAAGAGAAAAAGAAGGCAGCUAAAGAAGGAGAGCAGGAAGAAAUGGCCAAAAUCGAUAAUGAUGAAAAGAAGAAAGAGAAAGAUAAGAAGAAAGAUAAGGAUGAAAAGAAAGAAGAAAAGAAGGAGAAACACAAAAAGAAUGAUACAGAUGGGAAGGAGAAGGAAGAUGAAGGGGAGUCUGAUAAUAAGAACAAAGAGAAAGACAAGAAGAACAAGAAAGAUGAGGAUGAAGACAUAGCAAGGGAGGGGAAGAUGAAAGUGAAAGGCAAGAAGAAAGGGAAAGAUGAGGAACCAAAAGAAGAAAAACACCAACCAGAGAAGAAGGAAGAGGAAAAGAAUGGAGAUGGAGACAGGCAAUUAAAGGUAAAUGUCGAUGAAGCAGAUGGGAAAUAUGAGAAUAAACUCAAGGAGAGUAAACCCAAGAACAAAGAUGCGGAGCACAUAGAGAAGAAGAAAGAGAAAGACACAGAUAAGGACUCAAAAUUGAAGGAAGAUGAAGAUGAAGAUGAAGAAAAGGACAAGGAGGAAAAGAAGGAGAAGAGGGAGAAGGAAAAAGACAAAGAUGAGAAAUCAGAGAAGAAGAAGAAGAAAAAGGAUAAAGAUGGUGAAUGCAAUAAAACUGUAGAAGGAAAGAAGAAAGAGAAGGAUAAGGAAGGUAAGGAGAAGGAUGAGAAGAAGAGGAAGAAGAAAGAUGGGAAAGAGAAGACUAAGGAUGUUGGGAAAUUGAAGCUGAAGCUAGAGAAAAUCGAUACCAAAGUGGAUGCUUUGUUGUCUGAAAAAGCAGAAAUCUUGAGAAUAAUCAAAGAAGCCGAGGAAAACAAUAGUGUGACCCAAGAAGCCAAAGUGGAAGUAAAGACUGAUAUGGCUAAGUGAGUCGCCAGAUCAAAUAUACAGCCAAAAACUGUAGUCGCAAAGUGCUGAUGAGUUUAGAAAAGGAAGUGUGAAGUUAAUAUCUAGAUGUUGUAAGAUAUGACUUAAGAUACAGAAUUCCCAUGGGUGUUCAACAGGCUUGUGUCAUGAGCAAUUCAUUGCUCAUAAUAAUGGUUUUUCAAUAGGUUUUAUCAUGAGCAAUUCAUUGCUCAGAAUAAUGAUUUGGACUUUUGAGAGUAUGAUCUGGCAGUUCCUAGGACUCUCUGUGCAUCUAGCAUCUCUCUCUCUCUCUCUCUCUCUCUGCAGUUUGCUUAUUAUCAACAUUGGAUUUGAAAAUGGGUACUGUAAGUACAACUUGAGAAAAGCCAAAGUUAUAAAAAGGGGGAAUUCUUGGGUAACUAUGGCCAACUUCCAAAUUGUUGGUUUUUGUGUAGUUUUUGACGAUGUAGAAGGGAUGGCCUAGAUUUACUUAUAUCAUACUUCCUUGAACCAAAGGAAAACAUUGCUUCCAUUUGAUUACAAUACAUAAAAAUAGCCAAAA